CGGGCGCGGGCGGGAGGCACUGCGGGGCCCGGCGACCGCGGGCUCCAAUGGCGAAGCCGGCGCGGCCCCUGCUAAUUACAUAAGCGGGACGUCAAUAAUUCGCGGGAAAACGCGAAAAAGAUGGCGCCCCGCGCCCGGGGGGCCCCUUCCUGAGCGCCCCGGCCCCUCCCUCCGCCGCCUCCCCCUCCUCCCCGCGGCGCCCCCGCCCCGCCCCGCCCCCGCCGAGACCCCGACCCCGGCCCCACGGGCGGACACUCGGCCAGGCAGCCGCGGGCCGCGCGCAGCCGCCUCCGCCGCCGCCGAUGCGCCUGGUGGCCAGACUCCAAGUGGGACCGGCGGACACGCAGCUCCGCGUGUCAGCAGAAGCUGAUGGAGACUCGAGCUCUGGACCCAGGGACUCGGGGUUCCUAUGGUGCCACCAGCCACCUCCCCAAAAAGGCGGCCCUGGCAAAGGCCCAAAACAACGUCAAAGAUCUGAUGUCCAAACUGACCGAGGGCCAGUAUGUGCUGUGCCGCUGGACAGAUGGCCUGUAUUACCUCGGGAAGAUCAAGAGGGUCAGCAGUUCUAAGCAAAGCUGCCUGGUGACUUUUGAAGAUAAUUCCAAAUACUGGGUCUUGUGGAAGGAUAUACAGCACGCCGGCGUCCCUGGGGAGGAGCCCACGUGCAACAUCUGCCUGGGGAAGACUUCAGGGCCGCUCAAUGAGAUCCUCAUCUGUGGGAAGUGUGGCCUGGGUUACCACCAGCAGUGCCACAUCCCCAUAGCAGGCAGUGCAGACCGGCCCCUGCUCACCCCUUGGUUCUGCCGACGCUGCAUCUUCGCACUGGCCGUCCGGAAAGGCGGCGCACUGAAAAAGGGCGCCAUCGCCAGGACGCUGCAGGCCGUGAAGAUGGUGCUGUCCUACCAGCCCGAGGAGCUCGAGUGGGAUUCGCCCCACCGCACCAACCAGCAGCAGUGCUACUGCUACUGCGGCGGGCCGGGAGAAUGGUACCUGCGGAUGCUGCAAUGUCACCGGUGCCGGCAGUGGUUCCAUGAGGCCUGCACCCAAUGCCUCAAUGAACCCAUGAUGUUUGGAGACCGGUUCUACUUAUUCUUCUGCUCCGUGUGUAACCAGGGCCCAGAAUACAUUGAGCGGCUCCCCUUGAGAUGGGUGGAUGUGGUUCACCUGGCCCUCUACAACCUUGGGGUGCAGAGCAAGAAGAAGUACUUUGACUUUGAGGAGAUUCUGGCUUUUGUCAACCACCACUGGGAGCUCCUGCAGCUUGGCAAGCUCACCAGCACCCCCGUGACAGAUCGAGGACCACACCUCCUCAACGCUCUCAACAGUUACAAAAGCCGCUUCCUCUGCGGCAAGGAGAUCAAGAAGAAGAAAUGCAUCUUCCGCUUGCGCAUCCGAGUCCCACCCAACCCCCCGGGGAAGCUGCUGCCAGACAAGGGGCUGGUACCUGCUGAGACUGGCCGAGCUGCCUCUGAGCUGCGGAAGAGAGGAAAAAGCAAGCCUGGUUUAUUGCCCCACGAAUUCCAACAACAGAAAAGGCGAGUUUAUAGAAGAAAAAGAUCAAAGUUUUUGCUGGAAGAUGCUAUUCCCAGUAGCGACUUCACCUCGGCCUGGAGCACCAACCAUCACCUGGCCAGCAUCUUUGACUUCACGCUGGAUGAAAUUCAGAGUUUAAAAAGUGCCAGCUCAGGGCAGACCUUCUUCUCCGAUGUGGACUCCACCGAUGCUGCCAGCACCUCUGGCUCUGCUUCCACCAGCCUCUCCUAUGACUCCAGAAGGACAGUGGGCAGCCGCAAGAGGAAGCUGGCAGCCAAAGCCUACUUGCCACUGCGGGCAAAGCGGCGGGCGGCCGAGCUGGCUGGACGCUGCCCCUCGGACAGCAGUGCGGAGGGGGCUUCAGGCCCCGAGCGGCCGGACGAAGGCAUCGACAGCCACACGUUUGAGAGCAUCAGUGAGGACGACUCGUCCUUGUCGCACCUCAAGUCCUCCAUCACCAACUACUUCGGUGCAGCAGGCCGCUUGGCCUGUGGGGAGAAGUACCAGGUGCUGGCUCGGAGGGUCACCCCCGAGGGCAAGGUGCAGUACCUGGUGGAAUGGGAGGGGACCACACCCUACUGACUGGCCCUCGGGGGGUUUCAGGAGCCCUGCAGACCAAAGGAGGGACAGCAGAAGCCAUAGGUUCCCCAGUUUUCUGUGGGCUGCGGUGGGGCAGGGAAGCAGGACAGAGCUCCAAGUGCCUGGCUGAGGCUAAGGUGCCCUUCCUGCCUGGCGGAGGCCAACGCUGUGCCAGUCCUGCCCGUGGGCCUCCUCAGGUCUCUGAUCCUCUGCCUUGUCUCGAUGCCCCACAGCCUGUCAGUGUCUCUACACACUGCUACACCCCUUCAGCUCACUCUAUGCUCCUCUGGUGUCCCCCCGGCUCUCUGACUUUCCUCCCAAGGCCUCCGUCUUCUCCAAUUCUGAGUCCCUCUUCCUGUCUCACCCCUGUGAGUUUGUUGGUGUGCACAUCUGUCCCUCCACUGGAUUCCUUCCUGCCUGUUCCAAGCGGCCAGUCCUCCUGUCAUAGAGCCCACAAGGGCUGUAGGAUGGCUUGUUGUAGCAGACGCCCAGAGCCGAGGAGUCAACAGCACCAGCACCACAGCCCCCACAAAGGCUCCAAGAGCCAGUUUUGGAGUUCACAUAAGUCGCCUUUUCCGGCAUAAGCCCCCACGCCCCUACCCCAUGACUUUGAUGCCAUGGAAUGGACUACGGCUUUGCUGAGGAACCCGGGGGGUUCUUCCACCCUCACACCCACCACAGACAGCCAAACACAGCUAAUAAGCAUCCAUUACUUCACACUGACGCUUCCAGCUGCACUCAUCUCCACACAGCCUAACCACCAUCUGUCCCUGUUCACAGACAUACACACACAACUACCCAGUCCCUCCAGGGUCGGCCUGGCUCCCGUCCUUGGCUUUUUCAUGGCCCUUUCCAGGGACCAUAUGCUGCAAUGAAAUGUGAAAGCCCAACCCCAGCCUCCAUCUCCGUCUUUAGCCCAGGAGCCAACAUGCCUGCCCACCCCCUCUACCCCAGGAAGGCCCAGGAGACUCCUGGCCUCUGCCACACCCCCUCCUCGGAUGAGACAGCGACAAUCACUCUUUGGGAUAGAAUGGGACUCCUAGAGGGCCUGUAUGGUCCAGUCUCCUCAGAGAGGAUGCUUCUGUCAACAGGGAACGUUCCACAGGAUUCCUACAACUAAUGUUCAAACUUGGCCCCAUCUGGAGGAACCAAAAUUGGAAGGGGAGGGGGAGUUACCUCUCAUUUUUGCUGCUUCCAGAGAUACUAGAAACUGACUGCCUGAUUGGAGAGUGGAAAAAGUGCCUUGACUGGGGACAGGGGCAACCGAUGGGAAGCCAAUGUCAGCAGCUGCUGCUCUGGCCCCUGGCGUGGCUGGCUUCUGCUGGUCCCCAAAGCCAAGGGGAAGGCCUUGUUCAAAGCCAAGGUGGGUGGGAAUAGGCUGCAGGCCGGAGGAGAAGAUGGCUUUUCCCUGCUUAGGCCUACCCCCUCCCCACUGUGAGUGGGCAGGAGUCCCUGAGGUAGGUUAGACGCCCCCUGCUUUAUACUUCAACUCCUCUAGUGCCUUUGAAGAGACCUCACCUCCUGCACACAGCCCACCUAUGGGAAAACUGGGGUUGGGCCUAAUGCUCCGCAGCCUCAGCUCCACAGCUGCUACCACUGAGGCCCCCUGCCUGGAGCCUGUGGAAAAGGAAUGAGGCCAGCCCCAGGCUCAGCAGGCACGCAGGACCCACAUCCAAUCUAUGGCUUCCUGCUGGCUCUGGGCCUGUUUUCAGGGUAUCUGCACAAGCCUGGGUGAGCAGGGCCUAUUCCAGUACCUUUCCUAUUCAAACUCCCCAGAGGCUAUUGAAAGGAGGGAAGCAGGUGCCUUUGCCACUUGGGGAGACAGCCCAAAGCCUAUGAAGGUCACCCAGAUUCCCACCCCAGCAUUUCAUUCAUGCCAGAUAAUAGCUGCAAUACUGCCAACUGACCUUAUAACCCUGUGCACCUUCUAAGAUUUAUGGUUUUGAAUUGCUGCUUUUAAUAACAUUUGUUAUAUUAAAGAUAUAAUGAAUGUGUGUGGUUUACAGUGA